AUGCGACUCGAGGGCUCACUGCCCUUCAUGUCCAAGUCGUUGAGAACGUUGGCAGCUGCGACGAUUGUCGUAAGCACGCCACAGGGAUCUAGACCGACAAAGUACGGGUACCUUGGUGGAGUUAUUUGGAAUUGCUGCCCCGAGGGAACAAUCCGAUUCUCCAAACGUGUUCAGUUUCCGCUAAUGACCGGAUCCUUCGACGCGUGCACCGGUAGCUUGGAAUUGACAGGGUACUAG